AGGUCAGUGGCGCAGCGGAGAGUACUAAUGGCUGGGGCCCAGUGGAUGACCUCCGGAUUGGAGGAGUGCCAGUGCCUAUGGCCAUGCCUGUUCCUGUUAAUGACAAUAAUCCCUUCAAUGCUGAUCUCUACUUCUAAGCUCACUUGGGACCUGAGAAUGGGUGCAAAACCUUUGAACCAAGAUAUGACUGAAGAUAGCCGGGAUACACGGCGUUGAUGUUAACAUAGUGUUGACUGCCCGUGGUAAAAGGCAUCGACUUCAUAUUUUACUCCAGAUUUUUGCGGUAAAGGCCCUAUGAAUGGUGCCUUUGCUCCUUUGUUACUGCAUUUGGCUGCAGGAUUAGCAUGUGACAGUGUGGGGCUUGGUGCAGGAAAAGAUGGUGCCUUGGAUUUUACCUGCUUAGAGUUCUGCUAAGGAGUUAAACUACCGAGCCCCAGUGAAGAUUUUAGACCCUGUAUGCUGUGCACUGCGUUAUGCUCAGCUUAUGUGAGGUAUAUUCUAAUGAGAAACAGGAGACUCCGACAAAUGAUAAACUGGAAUUCAAAGUUGCUGGAUUUUUUCUAUUUUGAAAUUUCACAAGACCAAAAAACACAAUAACAAAAUAAUAUCCUUGGUGUAGAAAAAUUUGUGUUUCGCACUUUUAUUUCUCUCGUGUGUAUGAACUGUAUCUGUGAUCUCAAGUAAUGGGUUAGUUCAGAGCAGAAAAUGUGGGAGAGGAAACUGUAAAGUAUUAAGAUGUUUGAAAACCUGGAGUACCUCACUGUCUUAUGGGAAGCCAUGUUCAUACUUCUCAAAUACAUGUCUGCAUUGGUAAAUUUCAUUCUUUGAGUCUGUUCUUGAACAGGACAGUUUAACAUGACUGAUCAUUAAUUGUUUAAGGCAGUGCCCUUUAAAAAUUGAUGCACUCUUUUUAAAUGCAAAUCCUGGUCGGCCAUGUAAUUGGUGUAGGCCUGAAGCCUUUAGUUUUCUAUCCAUUAUAAGUCCCAGUACUGCACAGUAUGGAUAAAUUUAAAUGUAGCAGUAGGAAUAUACAUACUGUAUGGUGUUGGGAAUAUUAAUAUGGAUUGAGAGUUAUUAUGGGGAGUCAAUGUUACUUGGUGAAGCAGGUAUAUAUAUCUAUUGUGUUUUGAAGAGUGACUGCACUGGCUGUUUGCUUGGUGGUAAAUGAGUGCAUUGUGAUAUUCGACAGUUCAACAUAUUCAUUAGUGGGCUAUAAACUUAUUGUUUUUUAAGGUAAGUAUUUCUCAUCUCAAACAUUUUUGCAAUUUUGAAUUAUAAUGGAAACUAAUGUAUAAAGGUAUUUAUUAUGUUAAAAAAUUAAAAUUACGGUAUACCAGUUAUAGAAUAUUUGGUGUUUUUUUCAGCUGUUGUUGCAAUCAAUUCAGAAUUUAAGCUUUUUUGUUAUUUAAAUAUUCAUAUACCAAAAAUUAAUUUAAUUUUUUUGCAAUGUAUCUCAGCAUUGUACAAUGCAUCCAUGUAGUGCAGGUCUAGUGACUUCUGAUGAUCAAAAAAUAUUAGUGGCAUUAACUGCAAAGUGUGUGCCAGUUUUUGGUGUAUAUACAGUACUGUAUUGUACCUUCAUAUCAUUGCUCUCAUGCUAGAAACUGGAUGGUUGUAGAUUUAGAGUGCACUGCCUUUCUACUUCCAGAUAUUGACCUGUUAUAAGUCAAGGUUAUCAGUACUAGAUGGUUAGUGCAGAGUGUAACUUACCGUCACUCAUUACAAUCAAUGUUCUCUAUAUGCUUGAAGAAUUCUUGGCAAGAAAAUAGAAUGCCCGGAUUAGCCUAGUAUACCAAAACUGUUACUAGGGCAAAAGAGUUGGCACAAUAUAGUCUAAUAGUUAUAUUUUUGCCAUCAGAGUAAAUAUAUACAAUUAGAGUGUACUGCCACGUCACUGUGGCGUUUACAUCCUCAUAACUCAACUGCUUAUUAACUUAAGUCUUGGUGCCCAGCUCAGUACAAGCCUUCAAACUCUACAUGCAUCUACAUUUAUUUUAUACACGAAACUGGCUUUCCACAUCAGUGCCACACUAGCACUGGCGUGCUGGCCUGUACGUGCGCCCAGAGCUGCGGUCACUCUCCUGAAUGUUUUUUGUGUUAUUCCUCUCCAUGAUGGAACCAGUUGUGGCUACUAUGCCAGCAAGUACAACCACACCUGCAGCUAGUGGCAACAGCAAUUAAUGCCAUGGGUAUUAGUAACUGAUGGUUGCUGUUAGUAGUGUGAUGCAAAAAAUAGUUGUCCGGGUAAUGGUUGCCAUGAUAGAUGCUAUGAGUAGAGCAAGAUGGCUGUUUGUUGUGUUGACAACCAUUUGAUAAUUACGUGUACUAUGGUAGCACAACUUCAGAGUUGCAUCAUGUAUAUUACUCCUCUCUUAACUUCUUACAUUGUUAUGUAAAUAUUCUGCUGUAUAUAUUGUACAAUUAUCAUGACUUCAUUUUUGUCAAUGUAAUAAAAUUUAUUUAUUUAA